AUGGAAAAAAUUAUUAUUAAGUUCAUACUCUUAAGUGUUUUUGUGUUCAACAUCCAGUCUGAGGAUAUUCCGGGCUGUAAUUUUUUUGAUACAGUUGAUUUAACGGAGAGUGAAAGGUUUUCGGAUGGAUCUUACAAGUUCCAAGAUGUUUAUAUUCCCGCAAGUCUCACAGGAGAAUAUGACUACGAGAUCGAUUAUGAUGGUGAUCGGUUUUCGGUAGCGAAUCACAUCCGCGGAUGUGUGUGCAAAUUGAAGUCUUGCAUUCGUUUCUGUUGUCAUCACAAAAGGAUAAUGGAUGGCAAUAAGUGCUCGAGGCAUAUAAACGGGAACCUCACCUACGAUUACACCUUAAACAUAACGCAAGUUGAUGGAAAAGUAAAGCAGAAACACGUGUUGAAUGAGAUGAUUGUGCAGCAAGAGCUUCCACUUCCUUGUGAAAAGCAUUAUAUACUGGAUACCGAGAGCAACGAGAGUGAUCAGUGGUCUCUGUUCGAGAAUGGAUCCCUAUUUCGGCACUACGAUCAAAUCCAUUUAUCAAAACAGGAAUAUUGCUUGCAACCCAAUUUGUCGAGUACCAAGGGGAAUCACACCCUAAUUGUGGCCUUUAACUGCGUAAUUAAGGCGCCCAUGACAAUGGCAUAUGUAAAAUCCUGUUCCGUGUUCUUUAUGGCCAUAACGAUCGCGGCCUACUUGUGGCUGCCAAAAUUCAGAUCUCUUCAUGGCAAAUGCUGCAAUCUCUACUUCACCUGCUUGGCUUUAACUUUUUUGCUGAAUGUCAUCAGUAUGUUUGGAGUAUUUGAACUUGGCAAACCCAUUUGCUAUCUCACCGGAUAUGCUGGCUAUUUCACAGCGAUGGCCACUUUCCUGUGGCUUUCUGUCAUCAGUUUCGAUGUUUGGAGAAGAUUCGCGAUGAAAAAAUUUCAGGAUUUCUACAACAACAAAAAGAGCGGUUUCUUUAAUUACAAUGUUAUGGUGUGGGGUUCUGCGGGGCUUUUAACUUUCUUAAUAUUUGUGAUAGAUCUAAAUGUGCAGACAACAUCAGCUAAUCCAUACAAUCCAAAUGUGGGAAAAUAUUCAUGCUGGAUAUAUACCAAUGCAUGGUCGGCAAUGUUUUAUUUUUACUCCCCGUUGGCGAUUCUGAUAGUUAUCAACGCAGUGCUGUUUUUCCUCACAACCAGAUACAUUUAUUGUGAGAACAAGACCAACCAGCAAGUGUUAAAUAAAAGCGAACGGCAGAGAAAGUCGAGGAACCGAGCCAAUUAUCGCAUCUACCUCCGACUGUUUAUCAUCAUGGGCGGAAGUUGGUUCCUCGAAAUCAUUGCCUUUAUAUGCGAGAUGGAGGAAGUUUGCAGGCCGGUGAUCUUGAUAAACGACAUUUUGAACUGCAGUCAGGGAAUGAUAAUAUUUAUGGUUACAUUUUGCAAUCAGGAAAUGAUCCAAUCGAUUCGAAAGCGCAUCCAAAGCAUGGAAAGUACAACUACAGACUUUACCAGUACAAGCCGACCUCAGGAUUCGGAGCAACUAGGCGCAGUGGAAAUGAGAAAUUAAGGAGAGUAAACUUAUUAGUCAUUUAAGG